GCAUUCUCUGCUUUUGGCGCGGUUCUGAGAGAGGUGUCGGCCAUCUUGGAAUCACAUCACUGUUUCUGGCAACUGUCGGAGACAUUGCAUGAGCUUACUACUCAUUGAAUGACAUCGUAUCGUUAAUUAGGAAGAUAAACUGUUUUACGUCCUCAUUUAACUAAGACCGCAGGUACGUUUACUUUCAAUUGCUCACCGAGUGGUCAAGCAAACUCAGGAUUGUUGAAAGAACCGUUAUGGCGACUGCUACUCCAAGCCGUGAAGCUGGCCGGUCGGCGGCCUCUACACCUCUCUCCCCGACCCGAAUCUCUCGCUUACAAGAGAAACAAGAUUUGCAGCACCUGAACGACAGGCUGGCCGUGUAUAUUGACCGUGUCCGGGCGUUGGAACUGGAGAACGACCGGUUGAUGGUCAAGGUUUCUGAGAAAGAGGAGGUGACUACAAGAGAGGUGACAGGGCUGAAGUCUCUGUAUGAGGCAGAGUUGGCUGAUGCUCGUCGAGUUUUGGAUGAAACUGCCAGAGAGAGAGCCAGGCUACAGAUAGACCUCGGCAAGGCUCAGGCUGACCUUGACGAAGCCACACGCAGUGCUAAGAAGAAGGAUAAUGACCUUGCUGCAGCGGUGUCUAGGGCCAGUGGUUUGGAAGGCCAGUUGAACAAGAGUGAAGCAGCUCUCUCUACAGCUCUAAGCCAGAAUGCAGCUCUGACUGCUGAGCUGGCUGAUGUGAAGAGCCAGUUGGCUAAGGCAGAGGACAGCCAUGCUGUUGCUAAGCGCCAGCUGGAGGCAGAGACACUGAUGCGUGUAGACUUGGAGAACCGCUGUCAAUCACUGAGUGAAGAGCUAGAGUUCAGGAAGAGCAUGUUUGAAGAGGAGGUGCGUGAGUCUCGGCGUAGACAGGAGCAGAGAAUAGUGGAGGUGGACUCUGGAGUCAGACAGGACUAUGAGUUCAAACUGGCACAAGCUUUACAGGACCUACGGAGGCAACAUGAUGAGCAAGUCUCUCUUUAUAAGGAAGAACUGGAGCAUACUUUCCAGGCCAAGUUGGAUAAUGCCAAAGUGUCCUCGGAGAUUAAUGACAAGGCAAUGGGUACAGCAAGGGAAGAGCUGCAGGAGUCACGUAUGAGAAUUGAGAGCCUUGGAUUUCAGCUGAAUGCCCUGCAGAAACAGGUGGCUGCCUCAGAGGAUCGCAUAAGGGAGCUGGAAGAAAUUCUGUCAGCAGAGCGAGACAAGCACCGCCGUGCCAUCGAAGCAAAAGAACAAGAGAUGAGCGAACUGAGAGAGAGGAUGAACACUCAGCUCAGUGAAUACCAGGAGCUGUUAGAUGUGAAGCUUGCCCUAGACAUGGAGAUCAAUGCAUACAGGAAACUGCUGGAGGGAGAGGAGCACAGACUGAAGCUGUCCCCCAGCCCAUCACCUAGAGUAGCUGUUUCCAGGAUAACAGGAUCUUCCUCCUCCCGCUCCAAGAGAAAGAGAGUGGAGGCUAAGGAUGUCCCAGAGGUGGAAAUGGGUGAGGGGCAGCUGCUGGUGUCAGAAGAGGCCACAGCUAGUGGAGCAGUCACCAUAUCACCCACUGACAUGGAUGGAAAUGCAGUCACAUUGGUCAAUGAGACUGGGCAGGACCAGCCUUUGGGCAACUGGAGGUUGAAGAGACAGGUUGACGAGGGGGACGAGGUCAUCUACAAGUUCUCCCCAAAGUUUACCCUCAAAGCAGGACAGUCAGUGACGGUGUGGUCUGCUGAUGCUGGUGUCGCCCACAGUCCACCGUCUGACUUGUUGUGGAAGAGCCAGGCUUCCUGGGGCACAGGAAGUGAUAUUGUUACCUCUUUGAUGAACGCUGAUGGCGAGGAGGUGGCCAGAAGAAGUGUAACCAAGACUCAGGUAGAUGUAGAGAAUGGAGAGGAAGAGGAGGAUGAUGCACAAAUGGGCAAGGUGUCAUCCAGAGAAUGUGCCAUCAUGUGAAGCCUUCCUGUUAAUUUCUAUUUUGCGUCAUUAUGAUUUUUUUUUUCGCUCGAGAGCCAAUCAGAUAUAAUCCAGUCCAUUGCCUCAUCAUUUUUCAAGACAAUUUAAGAAAUGUUUGAACUACUCUCUGGACCUGCUUUGUGUAAUUGUUUCUAAAAAUGACAACAUCUGUGGAUCAUGCAACGAUUUUGGAUCCAAAGUCAGACUGUGGGGUUUAGAUAUAUGAAUAUUCCCUACCUGAUUAAUACUAUCUUACAUGUCAGUCAUUCAUUCCACUGUUUGACAUUGAUUUUUCCAUGGUAAACAUUUUGGUUUCAUCCUUUAUGAACAGUAGAACACAAUGUGUAACUACUGCACAGAAAUCAUUAAAAAUAACCUGUCAUUUGAGUUCUGAAGAUAAAGGACCUCAGUUGUAUGGCCAUUAAGACAUAACGAAUGAAUAACUUUAGUGUUGAACAAAUGAUGAGCAACUUGUAAUUUAGCUUAAUUGAAGGAUUACUUUUUCCUCCAAAAUCAUGACCUUUCUCACACAAAGGUCUUUAGGUAUUUUGCUUCUAUAUCAUUUGUUUGUGGUGUUACCUGGAUAGAUUUAUUCUUUUGAAAGAUCUGCAUGGAAAUGGAGUUGAAAUUACAGAUAGAUCACAAAGCCUGUUGAAUGCAUUUUGUUAAUUUUGAGGGAAUUGCGAUAGAUUUUCCUAAUCAAGAGUUAGCCAGCAAAUCAACUGCUGGUUUGCGGGUACUAGACAUCAGACCUGAGACCAUUACAAAUGCACUCCAAACCCUUUGGUCACAGUCUCAGAAUCCUAAUCAUUGUUUCUGAAGCUGUCCCUCCAUCAUCCUGCAUUGUCUUAAUUUCUUCAGCUCUUUUUUGUUUCUUUAAGGAUCGUGAUGAAAUGUGAGGUCAGCAGAUGUCAGACUUACUUGGCAGAGCUGAAUUGAAGAUAAACAUUUGAAACAUUUGAACAUUUGAUGAGGUGUUUAAAAGCCAGUAUGAUUCUAUGCUCCAGUUCUUUGUUGAGGCUGUAUUUCAGUGAACUGUUGCUGUAACCUGUAUGGGCUUCCUGCAGCUGGCCAACUCCUUGACCAGAAGCACAAAAGGUUAAUUUUGACUGACAAAUUGUUUUCAAGCAGUUACAUAAAAAAAAGUUAAAUGGGUUAGCUGUACUGACGUUGUUUAGUCUGUAGUGGAAUGAAACUGAUGUGUGACAUAGAGAGCAGGCUGUUUGCCUUCAUGUAGCCCAAAAAAAGUUUUUGAAUUUCAUAAUGGUGAUCAGCAGUGUUUGUAUAUACUGGAAACUGCACCAAGGUCAGUUGUGCUGCCUUAGAGCCCCUCAAUGACAUGUCGAUUGCCUCCUAGCAUUUGUGGCAGCAGUGGCUAGUUCAUAUAAGAUUUUCUUUGAACACUACAUUGGAGUGAAAACCUUUUGUGCUCAUUAAUAUCUGAAGUCCAUUAACAAAUAUAACUGAAAUCUUCUUUCAGCCUAUCAGGGUUUUGGUUUUUGGUAGAUGUCUAACAGUUCCUUACCAUGAGCAGCCCAUUGCAGUCUUGCUUCUUGCCUCAGUGUUUGCUGAUGUUUUAGCUCUGAUUCAGUGUGUAGACACUUUUGAAAAUUAAGUGGCUCUCAGGAUUGCUAGAUGCUCAGACUUUUUGAGCCAAAGAAAUUAGCAGACAUGCAUAUACAGCUAAAGUAACAAGAAGUGCGUGCAUACACACACAAUGAGAAAUGAAUCACCAACUUUUGCUGGUAAUCAUGUCAUGGUGCUAGCAUUGAACUGUCUUGAACUACACUGCCGAAUGCAGAGGCUCUGCUAACACUGCUAUGAGACAGCUCCCCAUGGGUCAACUCUGGUUGCCAGAGGACCCACAUACAUCUCCUGUAUGAAAGGGUUGUUUUGUUAGUGAGGUUUAUAUUCAUACAACUUGUUCACUCAUGGUUAUGUAUUAAGAUGUUUGUCACCUCUGCUGAGACAACAGUCAUCAGGUUUUCUCUGUUGGCUCAUUUCUCCUUGAACCACUCGAAGUAGCAUUGCUGUUAAAAUACUGAGUGGCCAAAUAAGUAGUUUGAGUUAUAACUGGUAGAUAGGCUUUUGUUGUUUCGAUCCUCAGUUGGACUGCUAAAAUUAAAAGCCUUGGUACUGGCUCUGCCAAUCUGGCAAUCUUUUAAAUUGACAAAGCAUUGGCUGUAUUUUAAGUACACACAAGAUAAACUGUAAGAGCAACAUCAUCAUCUCUGUUACUGUAUCCCCACAUUAUUUUGGAUUCCAAAAAGGUGUGGAUGCUGUGUAAAACAAAUCAAACAGUGUGCUCAACUGUAAACAGUACAAAAACGUAUAUUUAGUGUUUUUACCACAUCAACUCACAAUAAAAUUCAACAUGCAGUUCUUUACAGAAGUACAUCUUGAAUUUAAUCUUGAAUUUAAUGGCAGAAACACAUUUUAAGUAAGUUUGGACAGGGCCAGCAGACUGAAAGUUGUGGAAUGUUCCAAAAACACCUGUUUGGAACAUUCCACAGCUGAAGAGGUUCAUUAGUCAUAGGCGAUAGUGUUAUGAUCGGUAAUGAAAGGCGCAUCCUCAAACUCAGUUGUUCACAUGCAAGGAUGGGGCGAGGUUCGCCGCUUUAUCAAGCACAUGAUUGUAUAAAGCAGGUGUGCCCAAUCUUUUUCCCGUAGAAGCCCAAACUGAGACGUAAUGGUGGGCCAACAGCCAAAAAGCACCCACCUAUUGUUUUGUAUUGUUAAAAUGUAAAAUAGGGUUCUAGGUAUACUUGAUAUUUAAAGGGCAUUUUUACUGCACAAAAAAUGAAACUGCAAUUUUAAAUUUAAAUAAAUAAAAAAAAAAGAAUGUUUGGUGGGACCACUUUGAGCAGCUCUGUUAUGAGGAUAUUACUACAUUGGUUCAGGAUAACUUUGUUAAACUUGUUAGUAAACACAGUUCUUUUGUAAAACAUUGCAGUGUUUUUAUCUGUCUUACACAACAUCCUAACUUUUUAUGGAUAUGGGAUUGUAGAACAUUUUUUGAGUGUUGCUCUCAUAACUUGUGUGCCCUCUCAAAUUCAGUUUUCUUGUUUUAUGCUGUGUGUUGCAUUUUAGUUAUUUUUCUAUAGUUCUUUUUUAUGUAAUCAGUUUGUUUACAUAUUUUGUGUUUAGGUUUUCUUGGUGAUAAAGGUUGGGUGUUCAUGACCUACACAGAAGCUGAUAUUGGCUUUGGAUAAACUUCAGGAUUUUGAUAAAACAAUGGUGAACACUACUGCUGUAAUGUUCUGCGUAUAGUUUAACGUCUUGAUUUGGUGAGAGAAGGAUAGAAAAACUGUAAGCUAAUUUAUAAAUGAGCAAUGUAGAAAAAGUCUAGCAGUGUUUACUGAACUGCAACUCCUAAGUUGAGACUGGCCUGAUUUUGAUUGCUCUGUUAAACUGAAACAUUGUAAGGCUUUGAUUUACAAUGGUAAGUUAGUCCCUCCAGGAAUUCUCAAUCUUUCAGUUAAACCACAACGAGUAAUGAAAAUUCAACUAAUCCCUGCAAAAAAAAUUAUUUGUGAAUUGAAUUUGACAAUGACUGCAAUUCUUUUAGGUAUGGAAUUAAAUUUAAUAUAGAACUUUUCAAAGUUCAAAAUCAAAUAGGCUUCAAUCUCAGUAAAACUUCCUUGUAAUUGAAUCAAGUAAGUUGUUUUUCUUAUCCUUCUGUUGCAUAUCAGUAAGGACAAUCUUUAGUUCAUUUUUUAAACAUUUAACAGAUGAUGCAAUUUUUAAACUUAUCAUAGAAGAGUUUUAUAAAAAUAUAAAAUAAAGAAUAACAUUUGGCCAAGAGAAUGCAUUAAGGACAGUUUUUUUUUUUUU